CAGACUCGAAGUCGUCAGUUCUCCAUCUACAGGGCGUCCAACGUCCGUCUUCGAGACGCUAUUGAAGCACUAUCGCGAGCCAUGAUCCCAAACAAGAGACACAGAGGCAUCACGGGAGGCGAAAAAAAUUGCCGUAUCUUUAUCAGUGGCGCCCUCCGAUACGUUCAGUCUGGAGUGGAGGGUGGAUGGUUGGCUUCGUUUCUUCGCUCCAGGCCAGACCAGUCCAACCUGAGCCCCAUCUUCUCCGCUCCAGAAACGGUCCGCUAAUCUGGCAUGGGCUUCUUUUCAGCAGACUAUCAGUUCCUGGGUUGUACGAUUACUGGCCAGCCAACACACGAUGGCAUCUCUCGCAUUUGCCCCCUAUGCAAGAUAAGAGAACGCAGGGUUUCGUAUCAUGGACAGCAUCAGAAGAGCCUGCACGGCCCUCGCCAAGUCGAGAAGCACGCCCGGUGAGCUUUGAUCUGCUGAGAUCAGUGGCGUCUUGGGACUCGUUGCCCGUUCUGGAAGGUUCACAGACCAGCCACCCGCUGCAGUGGCCAGCCGGCCAACAAAGACAUGGCUCUGGCGGUGGCGCUCCCUUCCGCAAAGGCUUGGGCUCGAAUCUAGAUGGCCAUCCAAUACGUGGCGGUAAACAUCAGAUGUGGUUCUCACGCACGGAGUAGCCAAGCCUGCUAACGAUGUCUGCUUAGCCUGACGAUAAUAAGAAUUAGGCCCAGGUUGCCAGACAUAUACA